AUGAACAUUAUUGUAUAUCUUAUUAAUAUUAGUAUCAAUAAUAAUAAUAAUAAUAAUUAUAAUAGCAAUAUAGACCAAUUUAUAAAUAACAAUAAUAAUAUAAAUAAAAAUCAAAUAGUUAAUGAUUUUAUUGAAACUUUAGAAAUUAUUAAAUCAAUUCAACAACAGAGUGAUGAUGAAUUUAAAAAUAUUUUUUCAAAUAACAAAAGCGAUACAUUAGAAAUCUUAUGCAACAUAUUUAAAGCAAUCUAUUGCAACAAUGAAAAUAAUAAUGAAUUUGUCAUUUCUAUUUCAAAUGGAUUUACAUCAAAUCAAUUAGUUGAUUUAUUAAACCCAAUUAAACAAAUAUCAAAUAUAAUUAUUGAAAUUAAUGAAAAUUCAAUUCAAGGAUUUAUAAAAAUUGAAGAGAUGCUACCACAAACAUUUUUAUUAAAAUUUAUUAAAUUUAUAAUUCAAGAUUUAGCUACAAUAGGAAUUAAUGAUGGGAAUAGGGGUGAUGAAACUAUAUUAGUCUAUAUUAAAUUAGUUAAAAUAUUUUGGAAUAAUAAUCAACUUAGCUUAAUAGAAAAGAGUAUUCAAGAAAUGUUUUCAAUUAUAUUAGAUAAUAAUAAUAAUAAUAAUAAUAGUGAUAAUAUAUCAAAUGAAAUUACAGGUUCAAUUAUAAAUAUUUUAAAUAUAUCACCUAUUGAACUAAUCCCAUUAUUCAUUAAUAUUAUUGAUAAUGGAAGAGUACAGGAUAGCGAUUUAUUAGAAGUUAUUAGCAAACUUACAAAAUGGCCCCUUACUUUUACAAACUCAAAAUGGAUUUUAGAAACAUUCAUCUCUUUAAUAAAAUCAAAGAAAACAACACUAUUAGCAUCAAUAGUUAUAGAGUGUGCAGAAUCAAUUACUCGACAAAUGUUCAUAUUAGAACUGUUACCAAAUGCAUAUGAAAUCCUUGAAAGAAUGCUACUGGGCUAUCAACACUCACCAGAUACUUUUCAUUCAAUCAUUCCACUAUUUCCAAUUAUAAUAGAGUUUUUAUUCACAUUUUACAAUAAAAUAAAAGGUAUAGAAGAUAAUUCCUCCAUAACUAUAGAUUUAGUGCCAAUAGUAAAAUCAGAUAUCCAGCAAUCAGUAAGAAAAAUACUAUCCAUUAAUGGUGGGGAAAAUGGGUCAUCACUAAGAAAGGAUUUAUUAGUAUUUUCAAUUAAAAGAGUUGUCCAACCUGCAAGAUUCAAGAAAUCAAUCUAUACAACUUUAAACAAAUUUUCAAAGCUAUCAUGGACUUUAAUGUACCACCACACUGGGUACCCAGAGCUAUAUUCCGACUUGAUCCAACUAUUACAUCGUCUGUCACCUCACUUAGAUCCUGUCCCAAGUGAAUUUGAAAUGAAGAAAUUAUUAGAAGAAAACGCAUGGCCAAGCUUAGAUUCUUUAGUAUUUGAAAAUAUUAAAUUGAAAAGAGUUUUAUCCGAUAGGGCUGGUCUUAUUAAUCUUGGAAAUACUUGUUAUAUGAACUCAUUUCUUCAAGCACUCUAUAUGACAAUACCAUUCAGAAAUUUAUUGUUGCAAAAAAUUGAUCAAGAUUUAAUAAACUCAAUUAAAAGUCAAUUUAUCACCAACGUAUCCACAGGGGAUAAUGAAGAAAAUGUAAAGCUUAUGGAACAAAAGUACAGCAAAGAGAUUUUCAAAAGAGCACCACUAUUAAAACAAAUCCAAAUUGUAUUUGCAAAUCUUCGGCUAUCAAUCAAAGAAUCAAUAUCACCAGAUUCAUUUUUAAAAUGCUUAUCAAUUGAAUACCAGUCUGGUUUGCAACACGAUUCUUUUGAAUUUGGAAAAUCCUUAUUAGAUAAUUUAGAUUUAAUUUUUAAAAACAUCAACAAAGAAAAGGUUUUAGAAUUUGAAAGAAAUCAAAAAAAACAAAAAUUAAUCAAUGAUAGUAGCGAAAACAAAAAUACAAACUCAACAAACACUGAAAACUAUUCAAGCGAAAUAUCGAAAUUAUUUGGUGGUAAAUUAUCCAACAAAAUAACCUGUCGAAAAUGUAAAAAUGAAUCAAUUAAAAUCGAAGAAUAUUUAGAAAUACCAUUGGCAUUUAGCGAUUAUAAAAAAGAAAACUAUACAUUGGAAGAAAUGGUCCAAGAUUAUUUAUCAAAUGAAGAAUUGGUUGGUGAUAACAAAUAUCAUUGCGAAAAAUGCAAAAGUUUAGAAGAAGCAGAUAAAAUCAUCAAACUAAACUCCACUCCUCAACAUUUAAUUUUAGGUAUCAACAGAUUUUAUUUUUCAAGAGAAUCAAAAUCAAUUUCAAAACUAUUAAAUAAUGUGGACUAUCCAUUAGAAUUUAAUUUACCCUAUACUCCAAAUAACAAUAAUAAUAAUGAUAGUGAUACUAAUAACAAUAAUACUGAUAACCAAGAUAAACCAAAAUAUUCAAACUAUUCACUAUAUGCAAUAAUAAUGCAUAGUGGCAGAUCCCCAAACCAUGGCCAUUAUUAUUGUUAUGCAAAACCCAGUAACUCAAAACAAUUAGAUUGGUGUUUAUUUAAUGAUAGUCUCGUUCAAAUUUCAGAUAUUAAAACAAUUCAAAAAAUAUCCAAAUCAUUUAGUACAGAUGUUCCCUAUAUUUUAUUUUAUGUUAGAAACGAUACAAAUGAUAUUGAAGAAAACACUGAUAUGAAUGUAACAACCUGGAUCAAAAACCAAAUAGAUAAAGAAAACCAACUUCUACACAACAAAUAUAAACAAAAUUUAAAUAACAAAAAACUAUUAUUGGAACAAUUCCAUGUUAGUGGUCAAUUUAAAAACGAUUAA